GCAAAAGCCACAGCAAAAAAGCCUCCUGCUAGUCAAGGUCAACCUUGUGUCCAGGUCAACAGGCCACCAGUUUUGACAGCUCCAGCUGUUACAUCUCAACAUGCCAAGCCUGGAAACACACUUCAUCCCUACAGUACCAUCCGGACCAGCUGCAUCAGUCCACCAGGUCCAGCGUGUGUUGAUGUGGCACCUUGUGUGUCUCAAGGAGGCUUUUUGGAGUACAUGCCCCCUCCUAUGCACAGUCCUCCUCCGAUACGGCGUGCUUCCUUGCCUCUUAUCACGGCUUACAACCCCCCUACUCACACCGUGUCCUUGCUGCUGGACACACCUGAACACAGUGAGCCCAGCUCCGCAGACACAACGCCGCUGAGUUUGCAGACUGACACGGGGUUUGACUAUGACGGCUUGGGCACCUCUGUAAAGCUGGACUACAUGACUUCUGCUCCACAGAACAGCGCUCUAAAUUUCCAGCUCAACACAUUUCCUCAACAGACAAAUAAUCUCCUACCUCAGCAAACAAACACUCUGUUACCCCAAAAGUCCAGUUGUCUUAUGUCCCAACAGUCCAGCACAAUAUUGCCCCAGUACUCGCACCUGUCGUACCUCACUCCCUCUCCUUACCUCACACCCAACCCCACAGAGAGCAGCAGCGCUCCUUAUCUGCCCCUCACCACAGGAACCAGCAACACUCUGCCUGCAUACACCAGCAGCGGACAUGCGUAUCUCCAGUCUCAAACCGGCAACCAGAUGCUGCUACAGUCAGGAGUUAAUGCAUUUCAGGCCUACCCUUGGACAACUGACAUGUAUGGUCAGUAUACACAGGCAGUAUUUCGGCCACAGUUAUCAUCACAGGGUCACGAGAGCCAAUACUCCCAGCUCCUGCCCCAGCAGCACUACGUUCAGCUCGACGGAGCGCCGCCGCAGCCCAGCCUACCCAAACCCACCCCUGACCCCCUGCUGCCCAAUGUCAAAGUAGAGUCUGAAGACAUGGGCCAUGGCCAGCCAAUCAGAGGCAGUGAGACAGAGCCUAAUUUUCAUUGCGAUUUCUCACCGAUCAACUUUUAACAACAGCAGGGUACUGACUGUGAAGAUCUGCAAGCGAUAUGUUCUUUUCUUUGUAUGUUUGUCUUCUGUUUUUUGUUGUUUUGUGCAGGAGCUAUUAAAAUGCUCUUUCA